AUGGGCCGUUCGUUUCUGGGCCGAAUUGUUGGGCCGGCCACCGCGCGUCGCCUCCGAUCGCCGUCGAGAUCCCAUCGGACGACGACUGCUCUCCCCUUCCGCCGGCCCCGCCGCAAGAAGAGGCUGGACAAUGGACCUCCUCCCGCCGUUCUUGUCAUCGCUGAUGAUCCCACCCCUCAGAAACCCUCGCAUCCGUCGAGCACUCGCACCCCUUCUUUCGUUGCGGAGACUCCUAUACUAUCCGACUCGGCCUUGGAAUCCUCUGUUUCAAUCGUCAAAUGCUCCUUUCCCCGCGCGCAGAAGUUGUCUGGAAUUAGUAACUUGAUAUGCUUGGAGUCUGACAAUGAAUCAGAAGGUUUCUCUGAAAAAGAAAAUCAGAGAGAAUUAGGAAAGGAGGCUACAAGUCUCGCUUUAGAAGAGAAUUUUGAAGUGGGUAUCAGCUUUUGUAGGUCUGUGAGUCCAUUGACAAAGUGCUCCAGAGAGGACAGUGUUGGACCAUGCUUCUCAGAUAAACAGGCAUCCUCAGGAAGCAAUGAAAAGAGCAAUACAAAGAGCAUUGGGAACUCUGAAAUUGGACAUUUUGGCGGAAAUUCACAACCUGAAUGUAGCAGGGAUUUCUUGGAGGUUGACUGUGAUGGCCCUUCACAUUGUGAUAUUUCAGCUAAAGGCUUUUCUCCUUCAUUGAUCGGCUCCAAUGAGGAAAAAUGUAGAAAGCUUGGAAAAGAAAAUAAAACUACGAAGCAGAAAGGAAAAAAUCUUGAUGUUGAUGCAAUAAAACAAAAGUCUAAGGUUGAAGACAUUGCAAGAAAGAAGCAGUUGAAAGAAGAGAAAGCUCAAAUAAUUGAAGAACGAAAACGAAAAAGGCAGCAAGAGAAACUGCAAAAGGAAGCUUUGAAGGCUGAAGCGGCUGAGAUGAAGAAACUGGAGAAGGAAAAGGUAAAAUGGGAAAAGGGGAAGUUUGCAGUGAAGUCUAUUGUAGCUGAGAUUGAUGCUAGAGUUGUUGAAAAUGGUUCAGUUGGCGGACAUCUCUUGACAAGAUUAGCGGAGAAAGGUCUCUCAUUUCGUAUAACCUCAAAUCCAAUAGAAAAAUCAAUUUUGUGGAAAAUGAAUGUGCCCGACAACAUUGCUCAGCUAGCCAUGGCAUCAGAAGUGCCCUAUAUUCUGCUGGUAUGUCAGGCAGAAGAGUUUUGUGAACUAGUAAGUAGUGGAUCCUUCAUGGACAAUGUCCAUAAAGUUCGAACUCAUUAUCCAAAUUUCACAAUUUGCUACCUCACAAACAAGUUGAUGAGGUACAUUAAUAAAUGUGAACAAGCUCAGUAUAAGAAUCAGACGAAUAGCAGUAGCUGCUGGAAACGUCCACCAGUCGAGGAGGUUUUGUCAAAAUUAACCACUCAUUUUACAAAUGUGCGCUCGAGGCAGUGUGUAGAUGAAGCUGAAUUGGCUGAUCAUGUUGUUGGUCUAACUUCUAGCCUUGCCAGUUGUCAAUUUAGGAAGAAGUUGACUCCACUAUCUGUAUAUGCCAAUGGAUCCAUUAUUUCUAAGGAUUGUCUUGAUAAGAACCUGAUAAAAAAGAAUUGUUGGUUGAAAGCAUUAGUAGCUAUUCCAAAAGUGCAGCCAAGACUUGCCAUUGCCAUUUGGAAGAAAUAUCCGACUAUGAGAUCUCUCUUGAAUAUAUACAUGGAUCCUAAUAGAUCGGUUCAUGAGAAAGAAUUCCUGUUAAAAGAUUUGACAACCGAGGGGUUUUUGGGCAAUGAAGAUAGGAGGUUAGGUGAGAUGUGCUCCAAACGGGUGUACAGAAUAUUAAUGGCACAAAACGGAAGCGUGGUGACUGAUGAUGUUGAGAAUGGUGCAGAUUUCUUCAGGAGCUGACCAUUUAUAUCCAUGUCAUGUGCAUGCAAAUGAUAUGCAACAAAUAUGUGCUCCUGAUACAUCCAUGUUCAACAGUGUCUUCUAUUUGCUGUUAUAGAUAAUUUAUAUUCAAGUUACAUGGUAUAAAAUGGCUAAUAUCCCUUUACCAUCUAAAAUUCUUAAUAAACCUGCUGGUUGAUUG